AUGGCACAAUAUACCAAAACCCUAAGCCCCGACUCCCUGCAAGACAAAGUCCUCGUCGUCACAGGGACAGGCGGAGCAAAUGGCAUAGGAGCCAGCCUCGUCGAGUAUGCUGUCCAGAAUGGCGCAUCUGUGUGCUUCGGGGACGUCAGCGUACAGGCCGGCGAGGAGAUUGCAAGGACGGUGAAGGCCAACGCCCCAUCCUCUCCUCCCCGCGCAGUCUUUGUCCCCACCGACGUGACAAAGUACGACUCCGUUUUGGCUCUCUUCGACAGAGCGAUGGAGGUCUUCGGACGCAUCGACCAUGCCGUCGCAGGCGCAGGGAUCGUCGAGAUUGGGAACGUCUUUGAUCCAGCGCUGGAUAUGCAGUCUAUCCGCGAGGCAAGUCAACCCAGUCUUCUUAAUAUCGGUAGAGGACAGGUCCUCGAUGUGAACCUCCUCGGCUGUCUGUACACAGCUCGCAUCGCGAGCGUGUAUCUGCGCCAGAACCGCUCAGAGCCAGAAGCAGACCGCUCGAUUAUCCUCAUUUCCUCGGUGGCGGGCUUUAAGGAAUCCCCGGGCCUGUUUGUCUACCAAGCCUCCAAGCACGGGGUGAUCGGCCUCAUGCGCGCACUGCGACUCUACCUCCACGGCCCGGCAUCCGCGCACAAUAUCCGCGUAAACUGUAUUUGUCCGUGGAUGACGACGACGGUGAUGGUCAAGGGUAUACAGGAGGGAUGGAUCAAAGCUGGCUUGCCAAUGAACUCGCCUAUGGAUGUAGCAAGAAUUACGGCAGCUGUACUGGGAGAUGUAACUCUUAAUGGGACCUCGAUGUAUGUCGAGGGCGGACGGGCUUGGGAGAUUGAGGCGAAUCUGGAUCGCCUCGAGCCUGCCUGGCUUGGAGAAGAGCCAAUUCGCCACAUCUAG